AUGAUUAAGAAAAUGUCCCCAUCUGAGAAUGAGCACGACAUUCCGGCCAAGAAUUGCCACAGGAUGGUGAUUCUGGGCUCCACUAAAGUUGGGAAGACAGCCAUCAUCUCUCGGUUUCUGAACGAGAAAGUUGACGACCAGUACACACCCACCAUCGAGGACUUUCAUAGGAAACUCUACGGCAUCAGGGGAGAAGUUUACCAACUGGACAUUUUGGACACUUCUGGGAACCACCCGUUCCCUGCAAUGAGGAGGCUUUCAAUCCUUACUGGUGAUGUGUUCAUCUUGGUAUUCAGCCUGGACAGCAGAGACUCCUUCCAGGAGGUGCAGCGCCUGAAGCGACAGAUUUAUGAGUCCAAGUCCUGCCUGCGAAACAAAACCAAGGAGAACGUGGACGUCCCGCUGGUGAUCUGCGGCAACAUGUGCGACAGAGACUUGAACCGUGAGGUGCAGGAGGACGAGAUCGAGCAGCUGGUCGGUGGAGACAAGCACUGCGCUUACUUUGAAAUCUCAGCUAAGAAGAACACCAACGUGGACCAAAUGUUUCAGACUCUCUUUACCAUGGCCAAGCUGCCCACCGAAAUGUGCCCCGGUCGGCACUGCAAAGUCUCCGUGCAGUACUGCGAGGUUCUUCACCGAAAGUCCUUCAAGAGCAAGAAGUGCAAAGAUGGGAACGCGUAUGGUAUCGUGGCCCCGUUUGCACGGAGACCCAGCGUGCACAGCGACCUGAUGUACAUCAAGGAGAAAGCUGUGGGAGGCAGCCAGGCCAAAGAGAAAGGCUGCAUCAUAUGCUGA